GCGGAGCCGAGGACCCGGGGUCACGCGACCGUCGGGUGGGCGGAGCCAGCGGCCGGGGAGGUUCUAGGCUGUUCGGCGUCGCGGCAGCCGCCCCCUUGUCCGCGGUCACGUUGAGCCAGCGCCCGGGCCUGGAGUCGGUCCUCUAGCCGCCGCCUGCUGCCCUCCGCCCUCCGCCCGCCGCCCGCCCACCAUGGAUCCCCGCAAAGUGAACGAGCUGCGGGCCUUCGUGAACUUGUGCAAGCAGGAUCCGAACGUGCUGCACAUGGAGGAAAUGCGCUUCCUCAGGGAGUGGGUGGAGAGCAUGGGCGGUAAAGUGCCACCUGCAACUCAUAAAGCUAAAUCAGAGGAAAAUAUCAAGGAAGAAAAAGCAGAUGGUAAGAAGGCAGAGGAAAACAUCGAGGCGGACGAGCCGUCCAGUGAGGAGAGUGACCUAGAAAUCGACAACGAAGGUGUGAUUGAGCCAGACACUGACGCCCCUCAGGAAAUGGGAGAUGAAAAUGCGGAGAUAACCGAGGACAUGAUGGAUCAGGCGAAUGAGAAGAAGGGGGCUGCCAUCGAAGCCCUGAAUGACGGGGAGCUACAGAAAGCUAUCGAUCUGUUCACGGAUGCCAUCAAGCUGAAUCCUCGCUUGGCCAUCUUGUAUGCAAAGAGAGCAAGUGUCUUCGUCAAAUUACAGAAGCCAAAUGCUGCCAUCCGAGACUGCGACAGAGCCAUUGAAAUCAACCCUGACUCGGCCCAGCCUUACAAGUGGCGCGGGAAAGCACACAGACUUCUGGGCCAUUGGGAAGAAGCAGCCCAUGAUCUGGCGCUUGCCUGUAAACUGGAUUAUGACGAAGAUGCUAGUGCGAUGCUGAAAGAAGUUCAGCCAAGGGCCCAGAAAAUUGCAGAACAUCGGAGGAAGUAUGAGCGAAAACGUGAAGAGCGAGAGAUCAAAGAAAGAAUGGAAAGAGUGAAGAAGGCCCGAGAGGAGCACGAGCGAGCGCAGAGGGAGGAAGACGCCAGACGACAGUCAGGAGCGCAGUAUGGCUCUUUUCCAGGUGGCUUUCCUGGGGGGGUGCCUGGUGGCUUUCCUGGAGGAAUGCCUGGAAUGGCAGGGGGGAUGCCUGGAAUGGCAGGCAUGCCUGGACUCAAUGAAAUCCUCAGUGACCCUGAGGUUCUUGCAGCCAUGCAGGAUCCAGAAGUUAUGGUGGCAUUCCAAGAUGUGGCCCAGAACCCAGCAAAUAUGUCAAAGUAUCAGAACAACCCCAAGGUUAUGAAUCUCAUCAGUAAAUUGUCAGCCAAAUUUGGAGGUCAAGCAUAAUGCCCUUCCAACAAAGCCCUUCUGAAGGAUAAGCAGCCUGGUCACCUAAUGGAUGUCGCAAUAAUACAAACCAGUGUACCUCCCACCUGGCCGAGAGCUGGCUGUGAGGUCACGGCCCAGUCCUCUGCACCGAACGCAGCUGAAGCAUUUGACAGUGGUUUGCCAUUAGGGCAUUCAUCCAGAUAAUGUUUUGCUACUAGGAAUUAUAAACUUUAAGUUUUUUAAACCUUAAAAAUAUUUAAAACAAAUUAAAAGGGUGUUAAUUCCUCCAUUUUUCUUUGCUAAUCAUUUUGGGAUUUUUUUCCUUUGACUCACUGGGCAAGGAAAACACACAAGAACAGAAGAUAGACUGCUCUAGUGUGAGUGGAAUAAAGAUUUAUUAGAUGGCAGCAUAUAUAUAUAUAUAUAUCAUUUAAACAGAUGACAGUUUAGUUGGGUAAAUGGUUACUGAAGCAUUUUAUCUUUUUAAAUGCUUUAUUCUUCAAAAAUGAAAUGAUUUAUUUCGAUAAAGCUAUAGGGACCACGAGUGUUUCAGUAUGACUUGGGUAGGGACUGGAAGUCCUUGGCAGGGUGGCGGUCUGUCACUGCGUUGCGCACCUACACCUCAGGCAGGGCACACUGGAGUCUACACUGUGGGGAAGGGGUACUGCAACAGCUGGGUUCCUCAGCUCUGCUUGUCCAGUGUGUCAAGUAAAUUCUUCAUUUUCAUGUAGAGGAGAUAAAAGACUGUUUUUUAUAUAAUUCUGUUUAAAAUUACCUUUCCUGAUAAAAGCUACCCAACUCUGUUUUCUGUUUGUCACAUUUUCCCUUCGUCUUCUUUUCCACUAGCAGCCUCACCAGUGUUCCCGUGUACAAUAGAAUUGUACAAGCAUAGUUAAUGCUGGUUUAAUCUCAUGGAGUACACAUGGUGGUUCUAGGGAAAUGCCUGUAACAGCCAUGAUUUCCUACUUGGCACAAGGUUACCUACGUAAGUGUUGGCAGCUCUGACAACACGUUGUAUCAGAAGACAGGAGGAGAGAAUCUCCUUGAGUAUUGGACACACCUACUGCAGUUGAGUUCAUCUUGUGCUGUUGACCUUCAUAUUUUGAACAGCAGAAGAUCUGAAUGACUUCACACGUGGAGAGGAGUCUAAUUCUUGAUUCAAUCUUAAAUUGCAAAAAAAAGUUAUGAGUUGUUGAUACUCAGUCUAUCUUCCUAUUCAUCAUUUCUUUAAAUAACGCAACCAUAUCACCGCCUCUGCCUUCCUCCUUCCUCCAAAGAUACGGAAAAUGAGGAUAAAUCCCAGGAAGUGUAUUCCUAAAAUGGCACCCCUCUGACAUCUUCAGGUUCCUACCCUUUGCUCUUCACAAGCAGAUGGAAAUGGCAUCUGUUAUAUUGAUGAGAAAAAGUGUAUGCUAAGAGAGCAUGGUUUUUAUAAAUCUGUUAAAACACUAAACUUGCAUUUGGGCUUGCCAUAAUUCUUUUUGUUAAUGUGUGUUCUCCUUUCUCAAAAUUUCCAAUGUGUGCUGUGCUUAACUCGAGAAGACCAGUUUAACCUGGAUUCCUUACUGGAUUUCAUUAUGUUACCUGAGUAUAUUCUAGUAUUUCCAUAUUGGCUUAGACAGGCAAAAGUAAACUUGUUUUUCUGGAAAUGUGUUCAUGUACUUUCAGACUUUUGAAUUCCACAAACAAGAAAUUGUCUUCAUUUUCAUAAAGAUUUAACAUCACUUCUAAUCAAACCAGAGACAUUUCUGUUCUUGUACUGAUGCUGAGUCAAGAAGGUGGAGUUUGCUUCUGCUUAAAAUUACUGGAUAUUUCUAGUUAUGUUAAAAUAAAACACAAUUUCAAAA